AUGGCGCUGUUCAGACGCUUCUUCUAUCGGAAGCCCCCGGAUCGGCUUCUUGAGAUCUCCGAGAGGGUCUAUGUAUUUGAUUGCUGCUUCUCCACUGCCGUACUAGAUGAAGAUGAGUACAGAGCAUACAUGAAUGGAAUUGUAGCCCAGCUACAGGACCACUACCCCGAUGCUGCCUUCAUGGUUUUCAACUUCAAAGAAGGGGAGAGGAGAAGUCAAAUAUCAGAUUUAUUAUCUCAAUAUGAUAUGACGGUUAUGGAUUACCCUCGGCAAUAUGAGGGUUGUCCGCUGUUACCAUUGGAGAUGAUUAACCACUUCUUGCGAUCCAGUGAGAGCUGGUUGUCACUUGAGGGCCAACAGAAUGUGCUUUUGAUGCACUGUGAAAGGGGAGGGUGGCCUGUCCUUGCCUUCAUGCUUGCUGGCCUUCUUCUGUACAAGAAACAGUACACGGGUGAGCAGAAGACUCUUGAAAUGGUAUACAAGCAAGCUCCUAGGGAACUUCUUCGUCUUAUGUCUUCCUUAAAUCCACAGCCAUCUCAGCUCAGAUAUCUUCAGUACAUUUCUAGAAGAUAUUUUGGAUCGGAUUGGCUCCCAUCAGAUACACCUCUGGCUUUGGACUGUAUAAUACUUAGAAUUCUUCCUCUAUGUGAUGGUGGAAGAGGAUGCCGACCGUUAGUUCGCAUCUAUGGUCAGGACCCUUCGUCCAGAACAUCCAGUAGAAAUUCAAAGCUUUUGUUUUCAACUUCCAACAUGAAAAAGAAUAUCCGUCUCUAUCGACAGGAAGAGUGUGAACUAGUGAAACUAGAUAUUCAUUGCCGUGUUCAAGGAGAUAUUGUUCUUGAGUGCAUCCAUUUGGAUGAUGAUCUGGUGAGGGAGGAAAUGAUGUUUAGGGUUAUGUUCCAUACGGCAUUUAUUCGGUCAAAUGUUUUAAUGCUGACUCGUGAUGAAAUUGAUGUUCUUUGGGAUGCUAAGGAUCAAUUUUCAAAGGAAUUCAGAGCAGAGGUACUUUUUUCCGAUGCAGAAUCUGGUCCAUCUAUUAUCACCACGGAAGCAGUAACUGAAGACGGGAAUGAAGCAGAAACCGCUUCCCCAGAUGAGUUUUUCGAGGCAGAAGAGAUCUUUAGUAGUGUGGUUGAUGGGCGGGAUGGGAAGGCAGAUUCUGAUACUCGUAUAAUUCAAGCUAGUUCUCAGGAUGAUGAAAAUGCUCAUGAACUAGUCUGGAAGGAUGAUUUGGAUCAUCACACAUUUCAAGAUUGUGCAUCGGAUGAGGGGAGUUACAAACAUGAUGUCAAGAUGGAUGUAUAUAAAAAUAUAUCGAAAGCGUAUGUUUUGCACAAUGGGGAUGUUCAGUUAGAUACUAGGGUAGCCGUCUCUGGAGUGGCAAAUGAUUCAGAAACCAAAGCUGUACAAGCUAGUGCACUUGGCAAAUCAGAAGAAGGCGAGAAUAAACGAAGUCAAGAAGUUCCUUCUUCAAUCAAGAAGAUAGAAAAGGAAGCUUCUCUGCAAAAGCUGGAGGUUGAUAAUAAUAAGCAGAUAGCCCUAAAGAAACAAUCGACUUCCGGUUCAAAACCUGCAGCAGAUGCAGUUGGUACCAAGAAAUCAAAACAACAAGAAUUGCAGGGCACACUUUUAAGGCAGGCAAAGCCAAAUGCAGUAUCUAGGUGGAUUCCUUCUAAUAAAGGUUCUUACACUAAUUCAAUGCACGUAUACUAUCCACCAUCAAGACAUAAUAGUGCUCCAGCUGCACUAACUCCUGGCAAGGAUUCCACACCUGGGGAAAAAUCAAAAUCUGUUACUGCAUCUUCGGAAGCUAUAAUUACAGCUAACAGAACUCAUGCGGCAACUCCACCUCCACCACUGUCAUCUACAAGUAUUACACCUGUUUCUACUUUGCCAACUCCACCUCCACCCCCACCCCCACCCCCAUCACCCUCGUUAUCUUCUCGAAGUGCAGAUUUUACAAAAUCACCACCUUCACCUCCACCUCCACCCUCGCCUUCUAUCACUGGACACUUAAGAGCAACUCCACAGGCAAUUUAUCCCCCACCUCCUCCCCAUUCACGCCCACAUUCCACCUCUUCUAGUUUGCAGAAUGCUAGUAGAGUAUUGCCUCCGCCGCCUCCGCCACAUCUUUGGUCUGUUGGUACUUCUUUGCAUCCACCUUCAGCAAUAUUGAGUUUUCCACCACCACCACCACCACCACCACCACCUCCUCCUCCUCCUCAUGCAUCAUCUUCUCAACGAUCGGUUGUUGGAACACCUUCCUCCCCCCCACUUGCUCCUUGUGUUAAAGCCCCACCCCACCCACCACCACCACAACGUCCUCCUGUUUGUGGAGUCCCUUCUUUUCCUUCACAUGGCACUCCACCUCCACCACCUUUCCCUGGCACUCCAUUGCAACCAUCAUCGUCUCCUUGUGGUGCACCAACACCUCCACCUCCACCCUCUAGAGCAUCACCUCCUCCUCCACCUCCAGUGCGUGGAGCACCCCCUCCUCCUCCACCUCCUCCUCCACGUGGAGUACAAAUUCUGCCUCCUCCAAUGCAUGGGGCCCCAGCACCGCCACCACCUCCUACAAUUGGUGGCAUACUGCCCGCUCCUCCACCCAUGCGUGGAGCACCCCCUCCACCACCCCCUCCUGGAGGUCGUGUACCAAGCCCUCCUGCACCUCCUCCUGGAAGUCGUGUACCAGGCCCUCCUGCACCUCCAGGACCUCCGGGAGGUGCUCCCCCUCCACCAUCCCCUCCUGGAGGUCGCGUACCAGGCCCUCCUGCUCCUCCAGGACCUCCAGGUGGUGCACCUCCCCCACCUCCACCAUUAGGUACGAAAGGACCUGGGAGAGGGCCGCCGCCGCCAGCUGGGGGAGGACAUGGACUUUCACGUUUUCCUGGGAUGUCAACUGCAACUCGAAGAUCUACCUUAAGGCCACUGCAUUGGAGCAAAGUGACUAGGGCAUUGCAAGGAAGCUUGUGGGAAGAAUUGCAGAGUCAUGGAGAGCCUCAAAUUGCACCAGAAUUUGACGUGUCAGAACUUGAGAAUCUUUUCUCUGCCACAGUCCCAAAAUCCAACAGCACAGGAGGCAAGUCUGGAGGGCGUAGGAAAUCUGUUGGAUCUAAACCUGACAUAGUCCAUCUGAUUGACCUAAGGAGGGUUAACAACACCGAAAUUAUGCUCACAAAGGUGAAAAUGCCACUUCCUGACAUUAUGGCUGCAGCACUUGCAAUGGAUGAAUCAAUUUUAGAUGCUGAUCAAGUAGAAAAUCUCAUAAAGUUCUGUCCUACGAAAGAAGAAAUGGAACUUCUAACGGGAUACACAGGUAACAAGGAGAAUUUGGGGAAAUGUGAACAGUUCUUUCUGGAACUGAUGAAGGUGCCCCGAGUGGAAUCUAAAUUGAGGGUGUUCUUAUUCAAGAUUCAGUUCAAUGUUCAGGUUUCAGAUUUCAAAAAAAGCUUGAACACUGUAAACUCUGCUUGUGAAGAGGUGCGGCAAUCCCUCAAACUGAAAGAAAUCAUGAAGAAUAUUUUAGUUCUAGGAAACACCUUGAAUCAGGGAACUGCUCGAGGUUCUGCUAUUGGAUUCAAGUUGGACAGUCUUUUAAAACUCGCCGAUACACGUGCUAACAACAAGAUGACACUCAUGCAUUAUCUUUGUAAGGUUCUUGCAUCUAGGUCACCUGCUCUUUUAGACUUCCACGCAGAUUUUGUUAACCUGGAAGCUGCCUCGAAGAUACAAUUGAAAUUUUUAGCAGAAGAAAUGCAGGCAAUUAUCAAGGGAUUAGAAAAGGUAAAGCAGGAAUUGGCUGCUUCUGAGAAUGAUGGUCCUGUAUCUGAAACUUUUAGAAAGAUGCUAAAUCAAUUCAUUGGUGUUGCUGAGACACAGGUGGCCUCCGUUACAAAUUUGUAUUCUAUUGUGGGACUAAAUGCAGACGCACUGGCUCUAUACUUUGGUGAAGAUCCUGCCCGCUGUCCAUUUGAGCAAGUUACCGCUACCCUCUCAAACUUUGUGAGGUUGUUUCGGAAAGCUCAUGAAGAGAAUGGUAAACAGGCUGAACUAGAAAAGAAGAAAGCUCAAAAGGAUGCUGAGUUGGAUAAUGCAAAGGUCGGUGCAGUUUAA